AUUCUUUCUUCUAAUAUAGCGUUUUCAACAAUUAGGUUUGACUUUCGUGCCAAUCGUUGCAAAUAUGGAAAAUCUGGCUGGAUCUCUUGAAGUUGCAUCGGGUGUCUUUCAUAAUGUCACGUGGACAUUUAUGUUUGAUACGCAACGUUAUACACCGUUGGCAUGUUGGCAAGUAGAGUCCGACCGAUUCUGGAUUUUAGGUAAUGCGUGCAAAUUGGGUCUUGAAAACAUACGACGUCUAUGUAACAAAAAUUAUGUUUGGUACGUCGACGCUUACUUAAUUUUGAUUGUUGAUGACCAGCCUAAACGAGAUUCAAUUGAGCUCAGCUAUAGCAUACAUGCCAUGGGAAAGGCCAAUUGUAAAUUGUUUUCCUGGGCCAGUAAGCCCAAGGAGUUUUCACCAGAACAGGACCAUGAACAUUUUGACAAGAAUGUUAAUGCAAACACAUUUUUGGCGAACAUCAAAGUAUUCGCUAAAGACAUGCUGACAUUACGUUGCGAAAUAAUUUUCGGAGAAAAUCCUCCCCCUCUACCGGAAUGUCAUCUUCCUAAUCAAUUGAGAAUGCUGAUGGAUGAAAAGUAUACGGAUGUCACUGUGGUGGUUGGAGAAAGACAAAUCAGAGCCCACAAAGUCGUGUUGGCCGCCCACAGCCCCGUAUUCGACGCGAUGUUUAGAUCAGACAUGCAGGAAAGCAGUCAAAAUGUAAUCGAAAUUGAUGAUUUUGACUACGAAGUUGUCCAGGAAAUGAUGACCUACAUAUAUUCGGAUUCUUCACCGAAAAUUGAAAACCUGGUCUGCAGCCUCCUAAGAGCAGCGGACAAGUACGAACUGGGCAGACUGAAAGCACUCUGUGAGCAGACGCUCUGUGACAAAGUGUCGGUGGAUACCGCGGUGGAAUAUCAAGCCCUUGCUGUGCUUUACAAUGCAGCCCAGUUGCAACGGAUCGCCGCAGCAUUCAUUGCAGACAAUAUAUUUAAUGUGCAAAAAACGGAUGAUUGGCAACGUAUGGUACAAAUGUUUUCCCUCAGCUACAUUUGUCAGAAGGAUAAACAAAAUGUUGAGCAUGAUGAUAAAGAGGACCGCGAUUUAUUCAAGAUAAAGUCAAUCUAAGCCAGAGCUUCGGUAAUUUUCCAUCUGCAACUUGUCUCAUUAGAAUAUUUAAUUUUAGCUAGAGUAAUUGUUCCGAUUCUUGUGAUAUCGGGCACAGUGUUUUUAACGCUACAUACCACAUUUCUGUAGCUUAAUGCUUAAUUUUGACGAAACUGUUCAUGAGAAGCUAUAAAACAAUUCCUAAUUCACAGAAUCGUAGCAUUAAAAUACCAAAUCUCAAUUCAUAUGCACAUUUCAUUUACUAAGCUGCCGAGCUCUACUUUGCU